ACUGAUAGCAUUUGGCUCCCCCGCCAGGCCAAGGAAAAGAUUUACCAUCUCCAGGCUGCUGAUUAAAUCAUUAAUGUAACUCUGUCUAAAAAAAACCCCACCAACAAACGCAGGAUGCUGAGCCUUUGUUACUGCAAGUAGGUUUCCGAAACCACACCCUGGAGGCGACCCUGACGAGCUCAGAAGAAACCCAACCCAACAGGAGCAGCAUCAAGAAUCCACCCUUCUCCUGCACAACUCACACCCCUCCCAGCUCCAGAAUACUGACUUUCUCAGAUAAAAAUCUUACCCCUUCAAGAAGCCAAGACUCCUCUAAAGGAGACACAUACAAAAUAGUAUAUAUACAUAGUAAAGGCUAAUCCAGCAGCAGCAGGGAAAAAACAGCCUCCUGCACAAUUCACUUCCCUACUGAAUGCUAAAAUCCUGAGGUAAAAUCCUUCCAUAUUGACAGCAAAGGCUCCUUUGAACAGGACACAAAUAUAUAUUGAUUAUAUAGCAUUUAUUGAAUUAUUCCAGACAUUGGCACAGUUUUACUGUGUUCUCGUGCUCCGGAGUGAUUAAAUAUCAGAAAAAGUUAAUGGAGCAAAGCAGCAAAAGAUCAGGUCUUUUGAAUGGGAGGUUUAUUUUUAAAAAAUUUUCGGAUGGUUCUCUGGAUAAAAGGACGGUUAUCUGUAUCUAUUGCCAGGCUGAGUUCCAAUACCAUCGAAGUACUUCAAGUCUGCAGUACCACUUACGUGCUAAACAUGCUUUUGCCUCCAGUUCUUGUGCUACAGAUAACCCACCAACAGCAAAUGAAUCCAUCCAACCGCAACAGAGUACGCUUGCAGAGUAUCAGGAUCGUUACAAGCCCAUGGAUCAAACAAAGUACAACACCUUAACCAAUGCUAUUGCAAAGUGGAUAGCUAUGGACUGCAGACCACUCAACAUUGUAAAUGACAGAGGGCUAAGAGAUGUUAUUCAAAUUGCAUCUUCCAAUCAGUUAUACACGUUGCCCUCCGAAGGAACUAUUGCAUCACGAAUACAUGAUCUAUAUAACAACGAGAAGACUACAAAGUUGGAGCUUUUGAAAAAUGCACUAGCUGUUGCUUUGACUGGUGAUCACUGGACAUCCUUGAGCAAUCACAGCUAUCUUGGAGUCACGGCACACCUGAUUGAUGCUUCAUGGACACUGCAGUCAUUUGCUUUAACUGUAAUGCAUACUGAAGAGAGACAUGCUGAAUCAUGUGCAGAGUGUUUCUUGGAUGUUGCAAAAGAAUGGAAUAUUCAAGAAAAAGUAACAACAAUUAGUACUGACAGUGCACAUAAUAUGAUAGCAGCAGACAGUCGUUUGCCUUUUGAACACAUGACAUGCAUCGCUCACAGUCUGCAGCGAUCCAUUACAGUAGCGCUCAGUGAUGGUGGUUUUGAAAACAUACUGGAAAAAUGUAGAAAACUUGUGGGCCAUUUCAAACACAGUCCAAUUAACAAUACAGAGCUAGGAAUACAACAAGCUGCAAAGGGACAGAAAGAAGAACCUCUUGUUCAAGAUAUUUCAACGAGAUGGAACUCCACAUUGGGUAUGGUUCAGCACCUGCUUUGCAAUAAAGCUGCUAUCACAGCCACAUUAGCUCUUCAAAAGCAGAAACUAUCAGUGCCAACAGGUAAGGAUUUUGAAAAACUGCAAAAACUAGAAACACUACUUGAGCCCUGCAGGUUUGUUACUGAACUCCUUGGCGGAGAAUUGUAUGUCUCCUGCUCUGUGGUUUUACCCGCAUUCUGCCAUAUAUUUAGUGUUAUGGAAGUCUCAGAUGACGACCCAGAAUAUGUUAUUCAGUUUAAGAACACUUUCACUGCAGAUCUGAUAAAACACAAAGAAGGUACCAAUAUGAGAUUUCUAAAGAUAGCUACAGCACUCGACCCAAGGUUUAAGCAUCUGAAGUGCCUUCCAAAAUCUGAAAGGGAUGAGGUGUGGAACAUGAUGUCAGAAGUCUUAAAAGAGCAACACUCCAAUGCGGAAACUACAGAACCUGAACCACCAAAAAAGAAAAUGAACCUUCCAUUGGUGGCAGAUGAUGAAAAUGAGUGUGCGUCAAUCUGCACUGCUUUGGAUCGUUAUCGAGCAGAACCUGUCAUCAGCAUGGAAACAUGUCCUCUGGAAUGGUGGUCAAAGCAUGAAGGGGCAUACAAAUGUUUAGCAUAUGUGGCACGUAAAUAUCUUGCGACGCCGGCUACAGCAGUGCCAUGUGAACGCCUGUUCUCACUUUCAGGUGACAUUGUAAAUAAGAAGUGGGCAGCAUUAUCUCCCGUAAAUGUAAACAAACUUGUUUGUCUUAGUGAUUGGCUGAACAAGAAGUAGGACUGAGUGGACUUGUAGGCUCUAAAGUUUUACAUUGUUUUAUUUUUGAGUGUAGUUAUGUAAAAAAAAUAAUUACACAUUUUCUCAAUAAAGAGAUUGCACUACAGUACUUGUAUGAGGUGAAUUGAAAAGUACUACUUUUGUUUAUCUUUUUUACAGUGCAAAUAUUUGUAAUCAAAAUAGUAGUAUAAAGUGAGCACUGUACACUUUGUAUUCUAUGUUGUAAUUGAAAUCAGUGUAUUUGAAAAUGUAGAAUACAUCCACUUAAUCGCACUGUUUAACAGUACGAUUAAAACUGCAAUUAAUUGCAA